ACUUUUCUCUGUAAUCACAUGACAUAACAAUCGACAUAACAAUCUAUCAAGGAAGUGAAAUAACAUGUGGAAUUAUGGAAGACACAGACAAUGAUCGGUACGAUUCUGGAGAAUCCGGAGACUAUUCAAGAUUUGGCAUACCGAAUGCCCCCAAAACAACUGUGACAACAGUGUUUGGCAAGGCAAAAACAUGUGCAGGAUUACUACCUAAAGAAAGAUGGUUUCUUGUUCUAAGUUUUAUCAAUAUCCUUGCGGCAGUUGGGCUAACAGGUUACAGACUUGUUGAAGUUGCCCUGGAUGACCCCAAAAAUUCAGAUUUCACUUUUACCAUUUUGAUCAUAGUCAAUGCUUUAUUUGUUGCCUUCUACGUGCUUCAUGGAGUGCUACGAGAGAGAAAGUACGAGCUUUAUGUACAGAUUGCUGCCAUUCUGGUCAUAUUACUGUAUUGUAUUGUGGAAUAUGCCGUAAGGUCACAAAAUAGAACGACAGUUAAAUUGGUUCGACUGAUCAUAGCUUGUGUGUUUGCACCACCAAAUAUCAUUCUGUCUGUACUUGUUGCACGAGAUUUCGGAGAGCUAGAAUUUAGAAUAGCAGGGGCAUCAGCUCAUUUACAGCGAAUCUACAAUGAAGCUGCUCUGUUUUCUUGUUGGUUAAAGUUUGAUUUACAAGUGACAGUGAGUUUGGUGAUAUUAGCAUUACAGAAUGGUACCAAUCUUGAAACCUUGGAGAUUGUUACACUUGCUGUUGGUAUUCCAUACACACUGCUGUGGGACAUAUUUGGAUGGUUUGUGGUAGAUAUCAUAUUUUUGUAACAUUUCUUAAAUUUC